AUGUAGAACCCAAUAGCUUUCCCUCCAUUGUGCGUGUCCCACCACCAAAGAAAGCCUCGCGCGCGGCAUUGCUAAAGAACGCCUUCAUCGUCUCUGAAGAAAGCCCUUUGCUUCCCAUCGUUCUCCAAAGCCCUUUUGUUUUUCAGAUUAUGAUUCUACAAGAACGUUAAUCGUAAGCACCCAGAAUCUUCUCAGUUCGUGAAAAGCAUCAUCAUCGAAAACUCUAACUCCGGCAGGAGCUGGAGAGUCAGGGAAGUCCACAAUAUUUAAGCAGAUUGUUUAUAUUUUUUUAUUUGUCUAUAAUAUGCAGAUAAAACUUUUGUUUCAAACUGGCUUUGACGAGGCAGAACUAAAAAGCUAGUUACCAGUCAUUCAUGCUAAUGUGUAUCAGACAAUAAAAUUACUGCAUGAUGGAUCAAAGGAGUUUUCCCAGAAUGAUGUUGAUUUCACAAAGUAUGCUAUAUCCAAUGAAAAUAAGUGCAAGGCCAUGCAAUAAUUGAAUUGAGGUUCAACCAUUCCCAUUGAAUAUUUACCAGAGGAAGUGUGUAGAGGGUGAUACUUCUCUUCUUGAUAUCCAUUAGUCAACAGAUCUAGUUUGUCAUAUCUUCUUAGUAAGACACAUGGAUACUCAACCGAGCACUGCUCCUCAAGGCUCCCCUACUUCUCAAGCCUCCCCUGCUCCUACAGUCCCUACUUCACAGGCUACAUCUAAGAAAAAGAGGAAGCCGACACGAAUGAAAAGUUUAGCCCGUAAGCGCAUGAAAGGGUCCAAAAUAUCACUUGAUGUGGAUCCCACUACUGGGAUAGUUUCAGGGCCAAACAAAGCUCAAUUUUCAAGUUAUUUGGGAACUCUUGCUAGAGACAACAUUAGUAUUUUAGUCCCUUCUUGGAAAGAAGUCCCACAAACUACUAAAAACAUGAUUUGGCAGGAUAUUUUGGGAGUGUAUGACAUCAGUGAUACUAAUAUAUUGAAGAGUAAAAUGCUUUCAUCUGUUGCUACAAAAUUUAGGCAACAUAAGUCUUAUCUUAUAAGGGAGUGGGUACAUGGGAAAUACAAGGGUAAAAGUCCUUGUGAUGACUAUAAUAUUGACCCUGAAGAAUGGGAAAAAUUUAAAGAAAUUCGAAAUGACCCUUCUUGGAAGCUUGUCAGAAAAAAAACACAAGAUAUCCAGAAACUUAAUAAUGCUCCCCACCUAUUAUCUCGUGGGGGUUAUGAGCUACUUGUGAGAAAUUUUAUGAAAAGUGAAAUUAAGAGACUUAAGGAGGAAGCAAUACAAUCCGGUGCUAGUGAGGAUGUAGUGAUUGAUCCUCCGCCUCUUCCUCCACGCCAUAGGUUGUGGAACAUGGCUCGCACAAAAAGUUCGGGUGAGAUGACUUCUGAGCCUGCUAACCAAGUUGCAAAAAAAAUUAAUGAGUUGGAGGAGCAAGCAUCACAAGGUUCUUUUAUUCCCGAAGCUCGUCAAGAUAUAUUGACUACUGCCCUUGGGCGACCAGAGCACCCUGGUCGUGUUCGUACAGCUGGGGCUGGUGCUACUAUUAGUAAUUACUUUGGACCAUUGUCAAAAGACUCAUCCUUAUCUAAAUUGAGCCCCCAGGAUUUGAAGCCCUCACACAACAAAUAUAUGUACGGGUCACACAAAGUUUAAUGUCAAAGUACCCAAAUAUGAGUGCUCAACAGUCACAAGAUGUUCCUCCAGUUGAGGUAGAUCAUGCUAUGGUGGCUCGUGCUAGCACUAAAGGCAGUUGUCCAACUCCUUCAAGUGCUAAUAUUGUUGGUAAUCCCUUUGG